CAUUCAACAUCAACUGUUAGAUAGGAAGGGAUAUUUGAGCAGUUUCCUAUAGUCAUGGCUGGCAUUAACCAUUUUUUGGUUAGCAUUGUUGAAAAUCCAUCCAUUACUUUAUGCGUAUGUCUUGCUGGGCUAUAUGCAGCUUACUAUUUCUUCUAUGUUGUAAAGGUAAGAAUUCACAAUGUGUGUUUUUUAAAUUUUUUUGCAGUUAUGAUAGACUUGGCUUUUCUAUUUCUUACUAUAUUUAUUCUAAUUUUACAUCUAAAUUUAAAAAAACAACAAAAAAAAAAGCAUCUAGAUUAAUUGUAAUUUUAAAAACUAUUUGUAAUAGAUAAAAAGUAAAGAAAACAAAAUUUGUUUACUUUUGUGUCUAUGGUUAAUAAAAUUAAACUUUUUCUAGAAAAUAAUCUAGCUGAUUAAAACUCUAAUUUUUAAAAAAUAACUCUUGAAAUUUACCUGUAAAAUAACUCUUGAAAUGUACUUUUUUAAAAAGAUUCAAAGCAAUUUGAAUGAUACACUUCACACACACACACCCACCCACCCCCUACCCAAAAAAAAAGAAGAAAAAAAAAAAAAAAGAUAUUAUGGUACCCCUGCUGUAAUUUUAAUCUGCAUCUUCAUUUGAGUCCAAAAAUAUAACAUUGCCCUGAUAUUAUUAAAAUAUUUGAAAAUAGAAAUACAACAGUCUUACUUUUGUCCUAAUUGUUUUAUUUCUGUAUUAAGACAAAUAAUUUAUGAGAAUGGGAUUGCUAAGUUCCAGGUCCUGGUAAAAUUGGAAUGAAUGGUAAUCAUUAAUUUUCCUUAUCAGAUAAAUACAAGUUAUUUUAAAACUUAGAUACAGCGUGAAGCAGAUAUCAUAACAGUUAUCUUUGUUUAAUCAGCUGAUUUAACUCAAAACUUGGACCCUUCAAAUAUAAGUGUACUCUGUAAUACAUAUGUGUACUAUGUAAUAUAUAAUAUGUGUACUCUGUAAUAUGUAUGUGUACUCUGUAAUAUGUAUGUGUACUCUGUAAUAUGUAUGUGCACUCUGUAAUAUUUAUGUGUCCUCUGAAAUAUGGAUAAUUAAUAAAUUAUGAAUUUUCAUUCUAAAAGAAUUGUUGAUUUACUUUGGAAACCCUCUCCCAUCACCAGUGAUUAACAGCUUUCUUCGUAGAACUAUUUUUUAAAAGGGGAGGGGGACUUUAAACUGAAGAUUUGUCAUCCAGAUUUUUAAAUCACUUAGUAUUAUAAAAAAAUUAUUACAUUUCCAAUCAUUUUAAAAUAUAGUGCAGGUUUUUUUUUUUUUAAAUUUAAAAGUGAAGAUAUUUCCAUAUAAGGUUACAUCAGUGUAUUCAUUUUGAAAUAAGUGUGGCACUAUGGGCCAUAAGUGAGUCAUUGUGGGCCAUAAGUGAGUCAUUGUGGGCCAUAAAUGUGGCAUUGUGGGCCAUAAGUGUGGCAUUAUGGGCCAUAAGUGUGGCAUUGUGGGCCAUAAGUGUGGCAUUGUGGGCCAUAAAUGUGGCAUUGUGGGCCAUAAGUGUGGCAUUGUGGGCCAUAAGUGUGGCAUUGUGGGCCAUAAGUGUGGCAUUAUGGGCCAUAAGUGUGGCAUUGUGGGCCAUAAGUGAGUCAUUGUGGGCCAUAAAUGUGGCAUUGUGGGCCAUAAGUGUGGCAUUGUGGGCCAUAAGUGUGGCAUUGUGGGCCAUAAGUGUGGCAUUGUGGGCCAUAAGUGUGGCAUUGUGGGCCAUAAAUGUGUCAUUGUGGGCCAUAAGUGUGGCAUUGUAGGCCAUAAGUGUGGCAUUGUGGGCCAUAAAUGUGGCAUUGUGGGCCAUAAGUGUGGCAUUGUGGGCCAUAAGUGUGGCAUUGUGGGCCAUACAUGUGGAAUUGUGGGCCAUAAGUGUGGCAUUGUGGGCCAUAAGUGUGGCAGUGUAGGCCAUAAGUGUGGCAUUGUUAAGUGUGGCAUUGUGGGCUAUAAGUGUGGCAUUGUGGGCAAUAGGUGAGUCAUUGUGGGCCAUAAGUGUGGCAUUGUGGGCCAUACAUGUGGAAUUAUGGGCCAUAAGUGUGGCAUUAUGGGCCAUAAGUGUGGCAUUGUGGGCCAUAAGUGUGGCAUUGUGGGCCAUAAAUGUGGCAUUGUGGGCCAUAAAUGUGGCAUUGUGGGCCAUAAGUGUGGCAUUGUGGGCCAUAAGUGUGGUAUUGGAAGCGAUAAAUAUGUCAUUGUCUGCAAUAAGUGUAGCAUUGUGGAUCAUUAGUUUGGCAUUGUCGGCCAUAAGUGUGGCAUUGUGGGCCAUAAGUGUGGCAUUGUAGGCCACGCUGUUACAAAACAGAGUUUAGCUCAACACUGUGUUGGAAUUCGACCUCGGGGUGAGGGUAUCAAAACAUGGCAUUUACAGCUAGGCUUUUACCGCAGGAAAUCUGCCAGAAGGCAAAUGAAAGACCCACUUGGUGGAUGUGUGACCUACAUGGUCUCUAGUCUGUCAGCAUGCUACUAUUUAUAGGGCGCUCUAAUGCUUUUUUCAUUCAAAGUUUUACUCGCAUUGCGCCUUUGUUCACCUGCCCAUUUGGUGCUUUGUAUUGUCCUGUUUUCUAUAGAAUUUUUCUUGGGCAUUUUUUAUAAAACCAAACAAAGUUCUAGUCCUCGAGACCUGAUCUUCUCAAGUUUCUACAUAUUAAACCUAUCUAAAACAGUCAGUCACACACAUUACUCGGCUCCAUAAGUGUAUAUUAAUUAACUUUAUUGAAGUGAAAUGAAGUUAUUGGUUGGUAUUUUUAAAUUGUUUCUGGGACAUAUGUUAGUGUUCUUGAUUGGUUGAGUAUAUUUAAAUUGUUUGUGGGACAUAUGUUAGUAUUCUUCAUUGUUUGGUUAUAUUUGAGUUGUUUCUGGGACAUAUGUUAGAGUUUUGGAUUAGUUAGUUAUAUUUAAAUUGUUUCUGGGACAUAUGUUUGUGUUCUUGAUUAGUUGGUUAUAGUUAAAUUGUUUCUGGGCAUACGUUAGUGUUCUUAAUUGGUUUCCAUGAUUUAAAAUUUAAAUGAAUAAAAUGUUUCUAAUCACUAGCUAAAUUGUUAAUGAUAUUUCAUCAUUGACCUUAAAAUCAUUUCCAUUUACUUAUUAGAAAGUAUGUCUAAUGAAAUUAAGUCACAGAAUGCAUCGUAAGCCAAACCUAAUGGCCCAUCAUCAUUGUACAAAGAUAGAGCAGAGUAGUCUCUCUCAUAUUCUUCUGUUUAUUCUCACGCAGGAUCUAGUCAUAGAUUUUGUUCUUGAUUUGUGAAAGCUGUCGAGUCAUGCAAGAUUGUUUAUUUCUGUUUGACUAAACUUUAUUAACCCCCUCCCUCAGAAACCAGUCAUCGCCUGUGGAGAUAAAAAACUGCGGCAUUUCAUUGAUGAGCAUUGCCCCAUUUCAAGAGAAAAGUUUUGGCCAACUUGGUGGUGCUUUGAGGGGAGAGCACACACAGUCCUCCGAGCUCUUAUUCAGUCAAGUCCUCAUGUAGAUUAUUCAAGGUGCCUUAUUUUAUUAAUUAGCACUUGUAAUAUUUUACACUAAUCAAUAUUUUAUUAAUUAGCACUUGUAAUAUUUUACACUAAUCAAUAUUUUAUAAAUUAGUAAUUACAGCAUUUCACUACUAAUCAAUAUUUUAUUAAUUAGUACUUGUAGAAUUUCACUAUAAAUCAAGAUUUUAUUAAUUAGUGCAUUUAGUACUUCACUACCAAUCAAAAUUCAACUCACAUUUGUUAUUUACACUGAUAAAUUCACAGUUUUGAUUAUAAGUUUUAAAACUAAGAUGAUUAUACACUACAUCUUAAAUAUGUUCAUAAAAAAAAGAGUUUAUUAAUGAAUUUACAUGAACUAUUUGCAUUUUUAGUUUAAAGUUUAUGAUUCAACACAAAAAGUAUUGGAUAACUUUUGUCUUUUUUUUCUCCUGAAUUCUUUUUAAAGAAUUAUAUUGCUAUGGAUAUUGCUGGUAUUUUCAACCAAAUUAGUCUUGAUAUUCUUUCUUUUCUUUGACACCAAACUUAAUUUGUGUGCUGUGUCCAUUUAAACAUUGACAUCAAACUAUAGUGUUAGCUGUGUCCAUAAAAAGAUUGACAUCAAACUAUAGUGUUAGCUGUGUCCAUAAAAAGAUUGACAUCAAACUAUAGUGUUAGCUGUGUCCAUAAAAACAUUGACAUCAAACUAUAUUGUGUGCUGUGUCCAUAUAAACAUUGCCAUUUUUUUUACUUUCUCUUCUUAAUUUAUACUUGACCUUUUGUUGUAUUUGAACAGUGAAUACUUGAUGACUGCAGAUGGAGGAGAAAUUAAACUUGAUUGGGAUGAAAGUGAUGACCACAGCAAAUUUCCAAAAGCAACAAGGCCGACCAUCCUUAUGUUGCCUGGGCUAACAGGUUUUCAGAUUUUUAUUUUAUGGGUAAACGACAGGUGGUUCUGGCAGUUUCUAAUUAACCAUAAACCAGGGAUGCCACUUUUCCGGGUCAUCCCGGAAUUCCGGAUUCGUGAGGCUAAAUAUUUUUCAGUUCCGGAUUCGCGAGUUUUUAUAUUCUCUCUUUCCGGAUUCGCCAGUUCAAUUUAUUCAAAUACGGAUUCUGUCUGGGUUUUUUUAAAGAAUCAACGUGCAACAGAAUUCGCGAAAAACCAGGAAAAUUCCUUGAAAAUGGACGUUAAUUGCCGAUCUCGUCUAUUUUUAGCCUUUCUGUUGCCAGAGAGCUAGUGGUUUCCGCUUGCGCAUGCGCUUUACACUAUGCGUUUCGAGUACCGUACUACUUCGAUAGACCAGAAAUAUUUAUUUUCUGUUCACGUCGCCGAUCAAGAGAUAUUUGAAGUGUUUGGGUAAGCAAAAUGUAAAAUUUAGUAAAUAUUUUUUAAAUUUAGUUUUUAAUUGUUGGGUAACCAUUAUCAUAAAAAGAAAACUACUCGCCCGAGCGCUGUCUAACAAGACUAAGCUUAGCGUACUUUGUUAUGUAGCUUUACUGUAUGCAGGUGACUUGUAAUUUUUUUUAUUAGAAGAGCUAGGCGGCGUUUAACUUUUUUUUAUAAGACUUCUUAAGUUCACUUGACAUUUAAUUAAGGAGUAAGCCGUCUAAUUUUAAAUAGGCUAAUAUGAUUAAGUUAUUUUUUAUCCGUUCUGUAGUGAGCCUGACAUAACUGUAUUUAGUUAGUUUUUAUUUAUUAGUUAUGCACUCCCGUGUUCUGACUCUGGGUAUACUUUACGGUAAUUUGUAAUUCUACUAUUACUAGUAUUCAUAAUGCUCUGUAUUACCGUAGCAGUAGUGCCGUAGUUAAAUACUGGUAUAAUAUAGUCGAUAGUAUUAUUAUGUAUGCCUUACUAUAAACUAUAAAUCUAAUAUGAUAAUAUAUUUUAUUUUGUUUCACUAUUCAGGAUCUAGGCUCAAUAAAAAUAUGUAAUGCCCAACAGUUAACAGUUCCUUUAACUUUAAAGAACUGAUGGGCAUUACAGUUACAGUACAGCAAUUGGCAUCAUGAUUGAAUAAGCCAUCAAUGAAUACUAUGCUGGAAAUAUUGAUAUCAAGUAUUCAAGGGGAAAAUGUCUGAGUAAAUCAUCUGAUGAUACCAGCUUUAUCACCCAUCUUAGGUGUCCACUUUUGUAACUUCUCAAUUUAUGAAAUUUAUGUGUCAAACUAUGAAACUCUCACACUUGGGAGAUAGUAUAAGACACUAAAGUGUGUUGAUUCAAACUAUCCAUUUUCAUCAUAAAGAAGAUAACAUUAACUCCAUAUAUGAAAAGAUACUUUCCACUUGUGGUAGCUAUACUUUUGUUCUAAAAUGCCCAGAUAACUCAUUGCAAAAGUUGACUUUUCAAGUUUAAGUAAAUUGAAAAUUGCUAUUGCUGUAAAUUUAAUAAAUACUAAUAAAUGUUUACACGUAUACACCUUAAUUGCUUAAUUUUGUUCAUUUGUGAUGUAUCUCAAUGUUUUAUUUGAUAAUUUCAUGCUUGUUUUUAUAUUAAUCAACAAAAUGCCGCAUUGCAAUAAUCAGGAAUUUUGAGUUUCAUUAAGUUUCAGGGAUUGAAAAAUUUGUAAAUGAAGUUUCAGGUUUCAAUAAAUUUUUAGAAAGUGAUUUCAGGGUUCACAGCUUUCAGUGAGUGCCACCCCUGCCAUAAACUCAAGGUCUUUGGCACUGUUGCUUGUAUUGCCAGUUAAGAAAAUGAACAAUUAAAGACAUUUGAAGAACAAAAAUUAACAAUAUCUGUAAAGAUGAAAAUAGAAUGGGUUGGCUAACAUUGAAUGACACAGCUAAUGAUUAAUAAGUUUGAAAUCUCUAGAUUGUACAGGUUACGAAGAACAUAUUUAACUAGCAAUGAUGAUACAGUAUGAUGAUAUGGUACCGGUUUUACAAACAGCCAAUUAAAAUUUUCCUUUUAGUAAUGUUUAAUCAUCAAAAAGAACUCUGCUGCUGAUACCAUUACAUCAUUGGACACAUACAAUAUUUUAGUUGUAGCACACACUGACACAAAUGACAUUUUAGUUGUGGCACACACUGCCAUAUAUGAUAUUUUAGUUGUAGCACUCAUUGACACAUAUUUUUUUUGUGGCUCACCCUGACACGUAUUAUAUUUUAGUUAUGGCACACACUGACGCGAAUGAUAUUUUAGUUGUGGCACGCACUGACACAUAUGAUAUUUUUUUUCUGGCUCACACUGCUAUAUAAUAAGUAACCCCAAACAAUGAGAUGAAGAGAAUGGUUUUUUUUUUUUUGUUUUUUUUUUUUUUUUUUUUUUUUUUUUUUUUUUUUUUUUUUUUUUUUUUUUUUUUUUUUUUUUUUUUUUAUUUUUUUUUUUUUUUUUUUUUUUUUUUUUUUUUUUUUUUUUUUUUUAUUGUUCAAUGUCUAAGUCUUUGUAAGCCGCAUUAGUUUAAGUUUUCAUUUAUAUUUAUAUCUGUUAGCACUUUCUUUUCUUGUUAACAAAAUUGAAGUUUGUUUUGGAUACUAUUUUGUUUGGUUACAGGCAGUAGCAAAGAGAACUAUAUUCUACACAUGGUCCAUGAUGCCAGGGAAAAAGGAUACAGGAGUGUGGUCUUCAACAACAGGGGGACUGGAGACACAAAACUAAAGGUAGUAUGAGUUACUCCACCUAUUCCCAGUUAAUGGCGGCACCUGUAUCUUUUUAUUGUCAAAUGUGUUAAGCUUUAUAACAUGCUUCCGAGAAUUUGUUUCCUCAUGGCACAUGGCCUUGAAUUAAGCUGGAGAGCUGUUGGUUGUUAUUUUUCAAGCUUCAGUAUUUAUUUAGUAACUUUUAUAAAAAUAUUCUAAAUUCUAAAUAUAUAUUAAUACUUAAAUCUAAGUAAGAAAUGUCAGCUUUAAAAAUACAUUUUAAAAGAUUGUAACAUAUGAAUAAACUGUUUUUAAUAAAUUUGCUAAUUUAUUUCAAUGUGUACUAAUACAAACAAUUCAGAUGUUGUGGAAAUAUGCUGUUAUUUAUUUUUUUUAUUAAAAAAUCUUAAAAUUGUGAACCAAAAUUCUUUUUUGCUUUUACUUCUUACAAUAACUUAUUUAAAACUAUAAUUUGUAUCUCCAAAUAAUUUGACUAAUGUUUCUACUUUGUCAAUUAUCAUUUCCAGUCUUUCCUGUUGAGCUUUGUUGAAUGCAUUCUCUUUGAGAUUUUUUUGUUCAAUAAAUAAACUUUGAAAUUCAGUCUUUAUAAUAAUUUUGCAAAAACAAAGAACAUAAUACCAAUAAAUAAAAGAAUAUUUCUUUUGUUAAAAAGUUGAAAAUAAAUAUUCUGAAUCUGUCAGUAGCACAUAUUUUCAUUUUGAAAUUCUUUAUAUAUUUUAUUUUCCUUGAAGUAUUUUCGAGUAAUUAAUAUGUUCUAUGGUUGCAGACACCACGAACAUAUUGUGCUUCUAACAUUGAGGACACAGAAUUUGUUAUUCAGCACAUCAAAGAUAAGUAUCCUGAUGCCCCUCUGAUGGGUGUCGGGGUGUCUCUUGGAGGGUAAGGACAAACAAGUUACUUAUUUAGAUAUGAUCAUGGGGAAUGGAUAACUCUGAUGAUUGACAAUCAAAUGACAUAAAUGCAAAACUAAACAAAUGUACAUCAGACAAACAAAAAAAAUAAAAAUAAAGGUGUUUUUUUUUUCCACAACAUUGAUUUCAAAAGUACCUCCAUGGUUUGGAUAACUUGAAACCACUGGUAGUUGACUGCAGCCUUGACCUAUCCUUGUUUUAAAGGUUAAAAUGAGGCAGAGAUACUUAAAACCAUUGGUAGUUAACAGCAGCCUUGACUUAUCCUUGUUUUAAAGAUUAAAAUGAGGCAGAGAUAUUUAGAAAUUGACAUAAUUCUAUUUGAUUUUAUUAAAAGGUCACCUUCUUUAAUCUGAGAUACCUUCUUUAAUCUGAGAUAAUCAGUUGUGGCAACCAAAUAAUUUAUUGGAAUGAAAGAAUGAGUUCCUUUGAAGUUACUAAGUGCUUAAUGGGGGGAAAUGUUGAGUCGAGUCACAAACACUUAAUGGGGAAAUAUUGUAUCACAAGAAUGCAGACAAGUAGUCUUAUACAAUUGAGUUGCUCUGAUUUAUUAGUAUGUUGAGGCAGCAUUUUAAUAAUUGUUUUCUAGUUCAUAAUUUACAGGUAGAGAUAAUUGACAUAUUGAUUUAUUGUAAAUAAUAAUACGCAAUGUCUUGUUUGAUGUUAUCACGAUGCAUUUAAAUUGCUUCCAGGGCAUUUACAGAAAAUCAUUUCUUUGUGACGAUUGCUUAUCAAAUGCUCUAUCUUCUUAUAGUUAUUUUACAAUUUAAAAAAUAAUAAUAAUACGGGAAUAAUAACUAAAUCAUUGGUGCCAGCAGCACAGGUCAAGGAAGGUUAGGUGCCAGCAGCACAGGUCAAGGGGGGGUUUGGUGCCAGCAGCACAGGUCAAGGAGGGUGAGGUGCCAGCAGCACAGGUCAAGGAGGGUUAGGUGCCAGCAGCACAGGUCAAGGGGGGUUAGGUGCCAGCAGCACAGGUCAAGGGGGGUUAGGUGCCAGCAGCACAGGUCAAGGGGGCUUAGGUGCCAGCAGCACAGGUCAAGGGGGGUUAGGUGCCAGCAGCACAGGUCAAGGGGGGUUAGGUGACACCCCCCCUCCCAGAAAGUCCAAAAUGAGUAACUGGUAUUGAGUUUUUAAUGACAUUACUUAUUAAAUUACUUACCAAGUCUCCUGGCUGUGACUGAAAUACGUCCCCUGCAAAAAUCCCUGGGGGACCCAUGAAUUAAAGUUAUCUAAAGUACUGACAUUUCUUGAUGGUUGGUUGACAUGACAUGUUAUUAUUGAAGAAUUAUUAUUUCAGUAAGAGCAUCUUAAUCCAGAGUUGUCAUUUUCUGCUUUAUAGAGCAAUCUUAUUCAACUAUUUAGCAAGAUUAGGGGAGGCCAGUCAAUUAAGUGCAGGUAUAGUUUUCUCCCCUGCAUAUGACUUCAGGAUUUCCACAGUAACUUUGGAACAACCUUUAAAUUAUUGGAUUUUUAACAGACGUCUAGCCAGCAAUCUUUGUGAGAUGUUCAGAAAGUGAGUGUAGUUGAUGUUUGAACAUAUAUUGCCGUUGUUUUUUCUUUAAAUCAGCAUGAAAAGUUUUGGUUGAAGCAAAUUUCACCAAGUCAACAUUCUCAAAAAUGGCCUGUGAUAUUUUUUAAAAUUUUAGAUGAAAAUGCAAUUGAAAACACAGCAUAAACAUUUUUAGAAUGAGUCGAGGUCUGAUAAGGGUUUUAUGGAGUGGACAAUCUUGUUGACUUCUCCGGGGAAACAGAUACAUGUCAUGGAUGCAUCUUAGGAGAGACUCAUUUAAAAGACAGCAAAAUGGAACAGACAUUGUCCCCUAGUCCAAAUGUCAGGCAAGCGACUGUAGUCACCAUUUUCCCAAAGUAUCCUCAUACAGAAAUCACUGUUUUAAAAUUGUUUAAACUUGAAAGAUGACCUCUACAGUGCAGUUGUAAUGACCAUUUAAUACCACCUACAGCAGAAUAAAGACUAUGUAAUACUUGGCCAGAUUUUCCUUGCCAAGACCAUUCAUGCUGAUUUUUGGCUUCUGUGCUUGGUAAUUAUCUGUCAUUUCUGUAGCGGCUUUUUUAAACUUGUUCUUUGCAGUAUGAUAUUGUUCAACUAUAUGGCACAAACCGGGAAGUCUGCUCGCCUCAUUGCUGCCAUGAGCAUUUCUGUCGGUUGGGAUGUGUUUGCCACAGGCAACUCUAUGAUUAAAACUGUAAACCAUUACCUUUUCAACAAAACUCUGGCCAAAUCCCUGUGUUAUUUAGUGGAGAAGUGAGUGCCUGAGUUGCCUUAAUGUCAGGUGUUUCACAUUGCCAGUUUCCUCUUAAUUUAAUGCACACACAUUUUUAAAAAAAAAGUUUCACUGAGUAGCAAGCAUGCUAUAUUUGGAAGUAAGUUUGCAUUUUAGCUUUUUCAUGCAUCCAAGAGUAGACAAAAAAAUAAUAAAGAAGUAAGUGUCACUUAAUUCAUUAAAUUGAACUUUAUAGAAUCAGUGUUCCGAAGUCACUUAAAUUAAUUAUCAGUCCGAGUCAGAAAUAUUAAAUUAUUUUUAUCAAAAUAAUUCUGCGUUCUGUAAUUAUCUCUUAAUAACUCAAAUUGAAAAAAAGUCAAGUCAGCAUGAUUAUUACUCUACAGCUUAAAGCGCUAAGUAAUUAUAAAUAUGUGUAAUAAGACGUGCUAGUUUCUCUUCAUUCUGCCCGCUGAGUUUGGCUGUCCUGUUUUGUGUCUGCUUUUUUUCCAUUUUAAAAACACGUCAUCUACAGUCCCAGUACCGGUACGUCAUCUACAGCCCCAGUACCGGUACGUCAUCUACAGUCCCAGUACCGGGGUCAAUAAAUUAAAGCUUCACAAAAUCCUCAUAUUAUUUUGUAUUUGUAAAUAUUUGAAAAUAUUCUUUGUACUGGUGAUAUAGGAAUUGACAUUUGAGAAGGGAAAAAUAAUUGUUAGAAGGGGCAUAAAGUUUCUGUUCAUAAGAACAAUUCAAUGUAUUUAGUAAUAUAUAAAUGCUUAAACAAACCCGAGACAAGUUUUGAGAAUGUUUGAUCAGCUUAGUUUCUCUUCAAAGCUUAAUUAUUAACACUUUUAACAAUUUAAAAAAAGAACUUUCUUAUAUUUAAUUUAAUUGCAGAAAUUUGAUCCCACUCAUUGAAAAAACAGAAUACCUUUUUUAAACACCAUUUCAAUAUGCAAGCAACUUUUUACAUCUGUUCAGUUUUUCUUCUUUGUCUUUUUUUUUACUCCUUGUCGCUUGGCUAAAAUUCUUAUUAAAGAUGCAUCUAUAAGUAAAUUGGCCAGUUGAAAAACUCUUAUUAAUCAUCUUAAGAUUAUUGACUUUCACAUAUUACUCAAAAAGGUGAUGGGAUUAAUUUGUGGCUUAUUGCAAGUCAAUUUUCAUUUCUGAUUAAAUGUCUGCCUGAUAAUUGAAAAACUCAACAAUUUAAAUUAAGAUGCACAUUUAAAAAAAAAAAAAAAAAAAAAAAAACAAAGAAAAAAAUCCAAUUUUUUUUUAAAAAUUAAAAAACACAAAAAUUAAAAUUAAAAUGAAAAUUAAAAAAAAAAAAAAAAAAAAGCUUCUUGGGAAAAAAUCCAAUUUGUUUUCAAAAGUAACUGAUCAUUUUAUUAGUAGAGAUUGAUGAGAAAAUUUAAUUCAAGGACCUUAAGAGCUAUUGGCCUUCAAUGCUUCAGAGCAAAAUACAACACGUGACAAAUUAUCUGGCUGUUAAUCAGCGCAUGUCUAAUUCAUAUCAAUGUAUUAAUUACUAAGCCUUAUGUUGUUGUUUUUUUUUAUCAUUGUGUUUCAGUGAGGUAGAUUUGUUUCUAAAAUUGCAGUUUAUUUAUCCAAGUUAUUCUUAAAGAUUUAUUCUGCUACUUAAAGUUAGCUUUAGAAAUGUAGAAUUAUUUAUGUGUCAAUUAAAUAUUUUUCAGUAAAGUACUAGCUCCUAGAUAUGAUUUUUGAAAACAAAAUACAUUUCUCACCAUAAAAAAAAAAUCAACCAACUUUUACUUAGGUUAUUGUAAAAUGUGCUUUACCUUUUUUCUUUCUUUUUUUUUUUUAAAUAGAAAUUUACAUUUGUUUGAGAACCAUCUGGACAUAGACACAUCUCAUGUGUUGCAGGUGAGGUAUAGACCUGUUCAUAGGAAAUGAAUUUUAAAAUUUAGAAAAUGGUCCCACAUAAUUUCCAGAUUGUUAGCCGAUCAAAGUGUCCAGUAAUUUCUGCUCAAAAAAGUAGUUUAUUCUGCAGUUUAAAUUUUCAGAAAACACAUUAUUUUAGUAUGUUCUCUUAUUCAGAGUUGAAACUUUUAUUUUGCUUGACUCAAGUAUGGUGUUUGUCUAUUGUGGUGCACCUCUAAGAUGUGGUUGGCCUAGGCUGUUUGUUUGUGAGUUGAUCUCUGGUAAAAAAUGGUUGUGAAUACUUAGUACCAGUUUGUCUUUUGAGGAUGCAGUGACAUGAUUUUUUUUAUUUUUUUUAGGUAUGUCAAUUUUAGGGGAUUCCCCUUUGUAAGCUCAGCUGUAUUAGAGUUGAAAUAUAAGUUACUCUCCAACAAAAAGCAUUAAAUAAGAUUAAUACUUUUGGGAAUUCCCAAUUAGUUAAAAAUAAUAAAAGCUCUUGUUUUUCUUUCUAUUUACUCAAAUUGCUUGUUACAUUUUUGUUGCAAUAGAUACUUUUAAGCAUGUGUAACUCAACACCAAUAAGUGCUGACUUUGGGAACCUUGAUUUGUCUCCUCAGAGUGAGUCUAUAAGAGACUUUGAUGAGAGAUUCACCUCAAAGCUGUUUGGCUACAGCUCAGUGGAUCAUUACUACACAGAGGCUUCUCUUUACACCAAAGUACAUCACCUGGCUAAACCCGUCCUGUGUUUGAGUGCUGCAGAUGACCCUUUUGCACCAGAAGCCUGUAAGUGGAAUGGCUUCAAAUUUUAAUAAUUUUAGCAAUGAGUCUAAUAAGUGGACCAACUUUUUUUUAACAGUUCAAAUGUUAAUUAAUAUUUUGUAACUAUGCAUAAAGUUUCCUCACAUAUCAUCAUCAUAACUUGUCUUUGCUUCAAUUAAUUUGAACCUAACUUUUCCAUUCUGACAGCUAUUCCCAUGAAAGAAGCGGCUGAGAAUGACAACAUAGCCAUCGUGAAGACCUCUCAUGGUGGCCACAUUGGAUUUCUUGAAGGAACAUUCCCCCGUGACAGGAGCUACAUGUACAGAUGGUUCAAUCAAUUUGUCUCAGCUGUGUUCGAACAUGGCAUCAAACAGGAAUGAUGUUACAAAUGGCAUGAUGUGUAGGAGAGAGAUUUCGCCUGGCUUGUGUCUCACUACCUCUUUUCAUUUUCCCAUUGAACAAUUAUUGAAACAUUGUUUUAACAUCUUACUGUAUUUAUGACUAUUUUGGAAAUCAAAAGUUCAUUAACGC